CAGUAAGCAGUGCUCUCGUGAUAAAAACUUGGAGUUCCAAUUCAGGGCCGUAUAUCCAAGUUUUCUGCUUAUCGUUCAAUGUUGGAACGACGUUGACGUCCUUACUAGCUUUACCUUUUGUAUCAGAAGAAUCAAAGUUCAACAUAAGAAAUAACUAUUCAGAUAUGGCUGAUAUUUCACUGACUGUAUCGGAACAAUUUGGAAAGAGAAAUCAUACUUACGGACAACAAGCACCGAGAGAACGUGAAUUCGAGAAUUUAGGUAAUACGACAGAUUUUGGUUUUUCAGGAGUUGGACUUUCAAAUAUGAAGGAAUCUAACAUCGAAUUUGUGUAUCUCAUAAUUGGAUUACUGAGUGCUGCAGUGGGGCUUUCUUUUUUGAUAUUCUACAUACUUACAAAAAUGACAUCAAAUAGUUGUCUUAAUAACAACUCCAGCGCCAUUAACGACACGCGAUAUAAAGAAAUUGACGACCAUCGUAUGAAAGAUAUAACUCCUUUUGCUAAACGUAACAAAAUCCUACUCUUGACUACUUUAUUCUUAAUGUAUUUUAUGUUUGCAAUGAUUCAAAUGACGGGAGGGGGACUAGUCAUGACGUUUGUCGUCGAGGGCUUAAAAUGGCCGGAAUCACAGGGAACAGCUAUCAUAACAGCAUACUGGGGUGCUCACAUCUUGUCUAAAUUGCCUUCCAUUGUAAUUUUGGCAUCUAAAAUACUGAGUAUAAAUCAGAUGAUUGUAAUAGAUUUUACACUAUUGGCAUGUUCUUAUACCGUGAUGGUUAUUUUUGUUCAAAAGCAUUACAUUGUCCUAUGGGUGACUUUGUUGACGGUGGGGUUAUCUCUUGGAAAUUUGUAUGGGUUGUGUUUACAUUGGUACCAAGCGUAUGCAAUGCCAGUGACUGGGGUGGUAACGGGAGUCCUAGUAGUUGGUUACAAUCUUGGUUUUACAGCAAUGCCAUUUGUUGCAGGUUCCCUAAUGAAGUGAAUUUUAUGUGGUUUGCUUAUGUACAAUUAAUAACAUUUAUUUUGUUAUUGCUCGUUGCUGUUUUAACUUAUUUUCUAGUAAGACAUAACAAACAAAAAUAUCAACAAUAAUAUGACAAUAAUAUCCAAGCAAUAGAGAAGAUGACAGGAUCCAUGUGUGAAAAAUAUAAAACCAAUCAAUAAAAAUGAUUAUAAGCCUCAUAAGAAAAGAAAAUAGUCUUUGGGAGUAUUUUUUUUCUAUUAUAUUUAAAAAAAUGAAAUAGUUAUGAGCCAUUAUUAGAAUUAAAACACUAUUAUUAUCAACAAUAACAAACGAAAAUGAAAAGGGGUGUACUUAAUUCAAUGCCUCGUAUGGGAAUCGAACCCAGGACCUUCCGCUUGGAUGUA